AUGUCGUUUCCUCCACAAAAUCUUCAAAAUGUCCAAGGUUUUGGAAAUGCUAUGAAUCAUCUGAAUUAUGCCCCUCGAGGUCCAUAUCAACCGCUUCCAGCUGAAUAUUGGCAAAUCAUGAGCCAUCCAUAUUUCACGCCGUCGGUUGUUCAUGGAUAUGGUACCCCGCACACAACUGGUAUGUCUUUCACUCCUUCGAUGUCGAAUGAACCUGCAACUCCGACUUUUGUCCCGGAGACUCAACUUUCCGACCGCGAAUCCCCAAUUGAGGUUGAAGACGAGGUCUUAGUGAGAAGUUUUGUCACUAUCAGUGAUGAUCCAAUAAUCGACAAUGAUCAAAAGGCGGAUGCUUUUUGGGGACGGGUUGCAAGCUACUACAAUGAGAAUCUUCCCCUAGGUUCAAACACCAGAAGUGCAAAUGUUAUACGGUCACAUUGGCACAAUACAAUCCAAAAUAAGGUAUAUCAAUUCAACGCAAAUUACAAUAGUAUUUAUAGUUCAUAUCGAAGUGGUCACAGUGAUGAAGAUAUAUUGAGGUUUGCGUACGAAAAAUAUUUAUCCGAAAACAAUGGUGUUGCAUUCAAUCUCGAACAUGUGUGGAGAAUUGUCAAAGACCGUCCAAUGUUUACUCCACAGUGCGCUGAUCACUUUGUGGCCACAAAGAAGACGAGGACCUCAGAGUCGGGAGCAAGCAACAUCUCCUCCAACCAAGAUGUGAGUAUAGACCUGGAUUAUGAAGAUACUCGUCCAAUGGGGCAAAAGGCAGCAAAAAGAAAGGGAAAAGACAAAGUAAAAUCGACCAUGGAGGAUCUGACAGUAAACUACAACAAUAUUAUCACAAAGUUCACUGAGUACACAAGCGUGAAGAAGUCCGAAGUCGAUUUGAAACAAAAACAACUCGAAGUAGAGGAGAUUAAGGCAAAAGAUGUAUUGUCCAAAUCUGAAGCUAAGAAUCGUCGCUUGAAGUUGAAGGAGUACGAAAUAUUGAACAAAGACACAUCGCAGAUGACAAAGGAGCAGUUUAUCAUACAUGAAUAUCUAUGCAAAGAUAUUAGGCCAAGAUGGAAUAUCUGA